GCGCUAUAAACGGCGGGGCCGCGGCGGCUGCGGGCGGCGGCACGGACGGCGGGCACGGCGCGAGCACCCCGCGCUCGGCGGCCCGGGAUCGCAGCGCGCACCCACGCAGCACACGCGGACCCGCGGGCGCCCACGCGGCCGAGCAGAGACCCAGCGAUGACUCUGAACAAUGUCACCAUGCGCCAGGGCACCGUGGCCAUGCAGCCACAGCAGCAGCGCUGGAGCAUCCCAGCGGACGGCAGGCAUCUGAUGGUUCAGAAGGAGCCCCACCAAUACGGCCAGCGCAGCCGUCAUUCUGCUGCCCCGGAGGACCACUGCCGCCGGAGCUGGUCUUCCGACUCCACAGACUCAGUCAUCUCCUCCGAGUCGGGGAACACCUACUACCGGGUGGUGCUCAUAGGGGAGCAGGGGGUGGGCAAGUCCACUCUGGCCAACAUCUUUGCAGGUGUGCAUGACAGCAUGGACAGCGACUGCGAGGUGCUGGGAGAAGAUACAUACGAACGAACCCUGAUUGUUGACGGGGAAAGUGCAACGAUUAUACUCCUGGACAUGUGGGAAAACAAGGGAGAGAAUGAAUGGCUCCAAGAUCACUGCAUGCAGGUCGGGGAUGCGUACUUGAUUGUCUACUCCAUCACGGACCGAGCCAGCUUUGAGAAGGCAUCUGAGCUGCGAAUCCAGCUCCGCCGGGCUCGGCAGACAGAGGACAUUCCUAUAAUUUUGGUCGGCAACAAAAGUGACCUGGUGCGGUGCCGGGAAGUGUCUGUAUCAGAAGGGAGAGCGUGUGCUGUGGUGUUCGACUGCAAGUUCAUUGAGACCUCCGCAGCUGUCCAGCACAAUGUGAAGGAGCUGUUUGAGGGCAUCGUGCGGCAGGUCCGCCUUCGGCGGGACAGCAAGGAGAAGAAUGAGCGGCGGCUGGCCUACCAGAAAAGGAGGGAGAGCAUCCCCAGGAAAGCCAGGCGCUUCUGGGGCAAGAUCGUGGCCAAAAACAACAAGAAUAUGGCCUUCAAGCUCAAGUCCAAAUCCUGCCAUGAUCUCUCUGUGCUCUAGGCACCCAGAGUCGCCCAGAUGUCCCCCUGAUGGACGUCAUCGAACACCAUUGGGACUGAUAAUCUAUAUUAGAUUGGAUCCUUAAGUAUUAUUACAUAUGGCUUCUCCCAUUGUAGCUGGGAAUUAGUGUGUUAGCCUUAAGGGCAACAUAAUGCAUGGGAAAUGAAAGAUCUUUGUAAAAUCAGUAUUUAUUUACAGGAAAAAGCCUGACCUGGCUACUUGAACACCCAAGACUCAUUAGAGGACAUGUUUGGUGUUCACUUGUGUUCCUCUCUCCUUUGGAUAGUAGAGAAUUGAAGCCUACAAAAGAAUGCUCAGAACGAGAGCUUUUCAUCAUUAAAAUUUCACCCAGUGUUCUGAUACAUGAAUUUGAGGCCAUUAGGUCAUACACAAAUGUAGGAAAGCCUUUAAGGGAUUUAUUCAAAGGAGGGAGAACUUCUUUCUCUGUACCUUGUAUUCAUGGAGCUAGAAUUAUAGAACCGGGCUCAUCAGAAUCAUGACCAUCAUGGCUCCAUCAAGCUGUGAAAUGAAAUGGUGCACCUUGCUGGAAGCUAAAGCUUAGUGAACAAUUUUUGUUCAGCGCCCACAGUCGGGGAUCCAGAAAUUUGUAGAAUUGGGAACUGAUACAGAUACUACUUAUGGGAUCAAAAAGUCAUGUCUUUGCUUCUGUGUCUUGUAAUUUUUUGUUUAGGGGAAAAUUAUUUUAAUCAUUCUACUCAGUCAAACCACCUUUUAUGUUUCAUUGUUUUUAAAGUCAUGGGGCCAUCAUGAAAAUAUUUUAAAAAUUUGAAUUAUUGAUAACCUGGAGUGCAAAAUGCCAAAUUUUGAAAUAUGAUCAAAGGUCUGAAUUUUUAUAAAACACAAAACAUAAAUACUUCCAGUACUUUGGGUUGACCAUUGUAUGCCACAGCUCUGCUCUAUUUAUUGUUAUUUUGCAAAAUAAUAACCAUUUUAACAUUUGAUAAAGCAUAUUUAUGAGCAUAUUUCUUAAUAGGAAAAAUGUCCAUUUUAUUACCAUUUUCUACCUUUUUCAGAAUAUGCAAGUUUUUACCUAUGUGUCUUAUAAUAAAAGAAAUAAAAUCU